AUCCUGGACAUCAUUGCCCAAUCAUUGGGAUUGACAGUGACCUAUGAACCGCCCAAGGAUGGCAAGCUAUGGGGCUUUGUGUUCCCAAAUGGCAGUGCCGUGGGUCUGAAGGCGGAUUUGUUGUUUGGCCGGUCCGACAUUGGGUUUGCGUCCUAAUUCAUGUUCGACAACAGGGAUUUUGACUACACGUAUCCUCAUGGUCGGGAAGGUUAUUGCUUUGCCACCAGGAACCCCACCGAAUCCUCGGAAUGGGACGUGAUCUUAAAGCCGUUCACUUUGGGCUCUUGGAUGCUCUUGGUCGGGACUGUCUUGGUGUCGUUGGGGUUCCUCCUGGUCUUGGCCAAGUUGUUUCCGUUAGCCGUGGCCAAACCAUCGAAUGUCUUGCUCACCAUUUACGGGUCAUGCAUCGCGCAAUCUCGGACAAUCAACCCCAGUUCCAUCGGAGCCCAAAUUUUCUUAGCGGAUUUUAUGAUCAUUUCCAAUCUACUCAGUAUCAUAUAUAGUGGAGCCCUGUUUUCCUCUUUGGCGGUCAAUUCGAAGGUUUCUGUCAUGAACACCUUGAUGGAGAUGGUUCAAUCCCAGAUUGAGGUCGGAGGGAUCGGAACAGGCUCGAUAGAUUGGUUUGUCUCGGCAGAAAACGAGGCCUACCGGGAAUUGGCCGGUAGGUAUACCCCCUAUUUGACUCUGGAUGACGCCAUGGAGGCCGCCAAAGUGAAACCAAUGAAUGUGGUCAAUAGUCGAACGGCAUUGGAGUUUCAUUUGCGAUCGUACUUCACAAACGCAUAUGGAGAACCGGAAUUUCGAAUCAUGGACGAGUGUUGGAUCAAUUAUCCUAUAUCCUAUCUUCUGCCCAAAAACAGCGCUUACACCGACAGCAUUAAUCGGAAACUGUUUCAACUCAGGGAAUCAGGCCUUGUGGACGAUUUGAUCACCCGGGAAAUGGACAAGAUGUCCAAAAUGAAUCGCAUUCGAAAUCUCGUCGCGUCUCAAAAAGUCUUGACCUUAACCAACUUGUACGAGCCAUUCUUGAUUCUAAUAAUUGGCCUUGGAUUGGCCUCGAUAGCGUUUAUUUGUGAAUGUGCCUCGGACAAAAUUGGCUCUCGUCGAACUAUUCAGAGUUGAGGUCUGUACGUACUUGAUUUAGUAAUAUGCCGGUUUCAGGGUGACUCUAUGCUUUCGUAACAUUCUAAUUGCUGAUUCGACAACAAAAUACAUUUAAUGUUUAUUUCAUGUUUAUUUGACCUGCAAGGCACGAAAAACAAAAACAUGACAUUUUUUUACGA